GGUAGGAGGGACUUGGGGAGGGACGGGGAGUGUCGCCGCCGCCGUCCUAUAACCGGACUCCGGGCCGGAGGUAGGAGGGACUUGGGGAGGGACGGGGAGUGUUGCCCCCGCCGUCCUACAACCGGGCCGCUGUCGGCACGCAGGGAGACCGCCUGAGCCAGCAUGUCCCCCGCCCGGAUCCUCCGGUGGUACCAGGCCCCCAUCUGCCGUCUGGCCGCCCCCAUCUGCCGUCUGGCCGCUCCCGGCUCCAGCCGCUGGGUGCACCGGGAGGCGGGGCUGCCAGAGGGGGUGGGGGCACUCCCCGGGGGCGUGCGGGAGUUUGUGGAGAGCAGCGUAAGCCUGUGCCAGCCGCGGGACGUGCACCUCUGCACGGGUAGCGUCCGCGAGAGAGACGACAUUGUCGAGCUGCUCGAGAGCAGGGGGCAGCUCCAUCGGCUCAGCAAGUACCACAACUGCUGGCUGGCGCGGACAGACCCGCGGGACGUGGCCCGCGUGGAGAACCGGACGGUGGUAGUGACAGAGACCCAGAGGGAGACGGUACCCAUCCCCACCGACGGCAGCCCCUCCCAGCUCGGCAACUGGAUGUCCCCCCGCGACUUCGAGCGGGAGAUGGGCCUGAGGUUCCCUGGCUGCAUGAAGGGCCGCACCAUGUACGUGCUGCCCUUCAGCAUGGGCCCAGUGAACUCGCCACUGUCCAGACUGGGCGUGCAGCUGACGGACUCCCCGUACGUGGUGGCCAGCAUGAGGAUCAUGACGCGGAUGGGCAGCGAGGCCCUGGAUGCCCUGAGCGGCGGGGCCGACUUCGUCCGGUGCCUGCACUCGGUGGGAAGCCCCCUUCCCUCGCAGGGGGAAGCUGACUCUAGCCUGUGGCCCUGCAACCCCGAGAAGACGCUGAUUGGCCACGUGCCGGACCGGAGGGAGAUCCUCAGCUUCGGCAGUGGCUACGGUGGCAACUCGCUGCUGGGCAAGAAGUGCUUUGCCCUCAGGAUCGCCUCGCGCAUUGCCAGGGACGAGGGCUGGCUGGCCGAACACAUGUUGAUCCUUGGCGUGACCAAUCCUGCGGGCGUGAAGAGGUACGUGGCGGCCGCCUUCCCCAGUGCCUGUGGGAAGACCAACCUGGCCAUGUUGAGGCCCUCUUUGCCCGGCUGGAAAGUGGAGUGCGUGGGGGACGACAUCGCAUGGAUGCGGUUCGACGAUGACGGACGCCUGCGGGCCAUUAAUCCGGAGUCUGGGUUCUUCGGUGUGGCGCCAGGCACGUCCCCCACCACCAACCCCAAUGCCAUGGAAACCAUCUCCCGCAACACCAUCUUCACCAACGUGGGGCUCACCAGCGAUGGGGGCGUCUACUGGGAGGGGAUGGACCAGAAGCCCCCUCCGGGCGUCACCAUCACCUCCUGGAAGGGCAAACCCUGGACGCCAGGAGACCAGGAGCCCUGUGCCCACCCCAACUCCCGGUUCUGUACGCCAGCCAGCCAGUGCCCCAACAUGGACCCCGAGUGGGAGUCCCCCCUUGGGGUCCCCAUCGACGCCAUCAUCUUUGGGGGGAGGAGGCCUGAAGGUGUCCCACUGGUGUACGAGGCCUUUAACUGGAAUCACGGGGUCUUUGUCGGGGCCGCCAUGAGGUCAGAGGCCACUGCAGCCGCUGAGCACAAAGGCAAGGUGAUCAUGCACGACCCAUUUGCCAUGCGCCCCUUCCUGGGCUACAACUUUGGCCGGUACCUGGAGCACUGGCUGAGCAUGGAGCGGCCGGGGCGGGUCCUGCCCAGGAUCUUCCAUGUCAACUGGUUCCGCCGGGGGGAGGACGGGGCCUUCCUGUGGCCGGGCUUCGGACAGAACUGCCGGGUGCUGGACUGGAUCUGCCGCAGGGUGGACGGCCGUGCCGAGGCCCAGGAGACGCCGGUGGGGCUGGUGCCCACUGAGGGCUCGCUGGACGUGGACGGGCUGCCGGGCGUCCGGCCGCAGGCCCUCUUCUCUCUGCCCCGGGACUUUUGGCAGCGGGAGGCCGCCCAGGUCCACCAGUACCUGACGGUGCAGGUCAACCGCGACCUGCCGCCCUCCAUCCUCCGCGAGGCCGAGGACCUGCAGCGCAGAGUGGCUCUGCUGUGAGUGGCCAUUUCCCUUCCCCCCUCCUCCACUCCUCGAGGCGGGGGAGAGUGAGAGAGAGGGGGAGUGAGACAGAGUGUAUGUGAGAGAGAGAGAGACGGUGUGUGUGCACAAGAGAGAGGGGAUGGUGCG